CGGCUGUCCCCGCCCAGUUUGCUUGAGCAGGGAGAGGGGAAAUGAAAUACUAGCAAACCUGCUGUUACGCUCACCGUGUAGAGGCUGACAGAGCGAGAGACCUACAAAAGACAGUGAUAGAGUAAGAGAGAGAGAGCUCAGAGUUUUAGUGCUUGGCUGAUGGAAAACUUUGGAGCUGGUGAUGUUUUUUCUUUGUCAUUGCUAAAUAUGAAGUAUCAGUAGCUGCUGCUGGAAGCAGACAGGUGUUGGGGACAGAGUGUGGAAUGAAGUCGGAUCGAGAGGAGGGGAAAGCCGUGCUGCUGCGUGAGGAAGUGCUGUGUCUCCAGGAGGAAGUGGCUGAGCUGAAGCGGAUGAAGGAGAUGUUGAAUAAGGAGCUGGAGGAGAGCGGGGGAGGCUGUUCUGCAGAGCUUCUCUCUGCUGCUGAGCUCCGAGUGCAGCUGUCCCAGAGGGAGCAGGAGCUGGACCGUGCCAAAGAGGCUCUACACGCGAUGAAGGCGGAUCGUAAGCGACUGAAGUUGGAGAAAGCAGAGUUAGUGAAUCAGAUGCAGCAGCUCUAUGCCACACUGGAGAGCCGUGAAGAACAACUCAGAGACUUCAUCCGCAACUAUGAACAGCACCGCAAAGAGAGUGAGGAUGCAGUAAAGGUGUUGGCUAAAGAGAAGGACCUGCUGGAGAGAGAGAAGUGGGAUCUGCGGCGUCAAACUAAAGAAGCCACAGAGCUCGCUACUGCACUACGCUCCGCACAGGACCUGAAGGAGAACAGAAUCAAAGAGCUGGAGGCCGAACUGACAAUGAUGAGUAACUAUGUGGCCCAGAAACUCGAGUGUCAGCUGUUCGUUCGAGAUCCAGAAAAGCCAGUCUCCCCCAGAAAUAUGUCGGCUAAGCAGUCUUUGGCUACGCUCACUAAAGAUGUUCCUAAGCGCCACUCUUUGGCCAUGCCCACAGAGGCCGUCGUCAAUGGCAACCAGGAGUGGGUGAUGCAUGCAGAGCUGCCUCUAACAGCAGCCAUACGCCAGAGUCAACACAGCCUGUACCACACACUCGACAGACAGGUGUUAAAGGCCGCGCCCCCGUGUGUGUGUGACGUUGAUGGAGUGUGUGUGGCGCACUCCUCAGGCAGUCUGCGUCUCAGCCCCUGUCACUCACGGCAACCUUCACUUCUGUCAGACGCCUCGGCACUGGAGGGAGAGCGAUCAUCCACACCAUCUGAGCUUAACUCACCACGACACAGAACACACUCGCUCUGCAACUCUUUAGAGGACCUGGAGGACCAGAAAAGGAGGAAGAAGAAGGAGAAGAUGGGCCUGGGUUCGCUGUCCCGCGUCUUUGCCCGAGGAAAGCAGAGGAAGUCUCUGGAUCCCGGCCUGUUCGACGACUCAGACAGUCUCUCGAGCCCCGCCCGUCUGAGUGUGAGCCUAUCAGAUUGUGAGGAGCAGCUGGACAGACUGCAGCAGGUGGAGCUGGCGCGGACGGUGCCCAUGUCCCGGUGGCGAGCGGGCACUGUGCAGGCCUGGCUUGAGGUCAUCAUGGCCAUGCCCAUGUACAUCCGCGCCUGUGCAGACAACAUCAAGAGCGGCAAGGUGAUGUUAGCCUUAACUGAUGCAGAUCUUGAGGCUGGUUUGGGCAUCAGUAACUCUAUGCAUCGCAGGAAACUGCGCCUGGCCAUUGAAGACUACAGACAGGCUGAGUCUGGACAUGGGCUAUCAAAAGCAGCGGAUCUGGACCACCACUGGGUGGCGCAGGCGUGGCUGAGUGAUGUAGGACUGCCACAGUACUCCCAGUUUUUCCACACCCACCUAGUGGAUGGACGCCUGUUGAGCACACUCACUCGCAGCGACCUGGAAAAGCACCUGCACGUGUCCAAAAAAGCCCAUCAGAGCAGCCUCCUGCUGGGAAUACAACUACUGCACAUGCUCAACUUCAACAAAGAGGUGCUGCAGGCAAGACGAGCGGACUGUGAGAGCCAGAACACAGACCCUUUAGUGUGGACCUGCCAGCGUAUCAUUAAAUGGCUGAGAGACAUCGACCUGAAGGAAUUUGCUGACAAUCUUCAGAGCAGCGGGGUCCAUGGUGCAGUCAUGGUGCUGGAUCCUUCCUUCACCACGGACUCUAUGGCAACGGCUCUAGGUAUCCCUGGAAACAAGCAUAUGGUCCGUCAACACCUGAGUGAAGAAAUGAAGGCCCUCCUCAGCCCUGCAAGAUUGGGCAUUGAACAGGAAGUCGAGCCUUUGGGAACUCCGCCCACUCUGUCUCGUCAGAGUUCUCUGAGACGUUCCACCAUCGGUCGCCAUGACGACCAACUGUCUUUCAGAAAACUCACAGCCAAGCCUCCAGUAAGCUUCAGUCUGAAGAACCACAGUGGGAGGGACAUCAGUUCUCUAAGCUCUGCUUCAUUACAGAGAGAUGGAUAUGAGGAGGCCCCAGCCCAGCCAGAGAACAGUCCAACCAGACAGCUCUCUGCCUCUGAUGCUGAUACUGUCUAAGCCCUGCACCUUAAAGGAAACAGGCCAGGAUGUUGUGCAAAGCAUUGAAGAAAUGAACGUUUCCUGAUGAAACAGCACUUUUUGAGCUAGUGGACAUUUACAGUAGUUUAUGUUUACCAGUUGAAACACUUUUUUUGUCCGAUUUUUGUGAUGUUGUUAAAUGUAUUUUUGUAUUGGACUCUCACAAAAAUUGUUGCACAGCAACUUCAUGCAUCAACUUUGAAUAACAAUGCACCUGAACGUUAUGAAUCAUUGUAAUAUUUGGAACCUGCUACCAUUUAUAUUUACGUUUACCAUUCUGCAUAAAGAAGCCUAAACCUGGA